AGACUCCGUCUCAAAAAAAAAAAAAAAAAAAAAGAAUGCUUAUCCUGUAGUUGGAGAGGACCACAUCAAGAAGAACGAAGGUCUCCAGCCAACAGCCAGAAUCAUGCGCCAAAUGUAAGCGUGAAUAAGCCUUCAGAUGAUUCCAGCCCCAGCCUUGGAGUCUUCACCUGAAGCCCCAGAUGUUGUGGAGUAGAGAUAAGCUGUCCCUGCUGCCCUGCCCAAGUUCCUGGCUCAUAGAAUCCAUGCAUAGAUUAAAUGGUUGUUCUAUGCCACAAGUUUUUGGAGUAAUUUGUUAUAUGGCCAUAGUAACUGGGACAAUAUUAUUUUUCUUCCCAUCUCAAAGGACUUUAAUGUUGUCAUCAUAAAUGGCCAUUUUUGAGCAGAUGUUUAGUGUGGACCUACUAGAAUUCAGCCCUGGAGAUGCAAAGGUGAAUGGAACACAGUCUAUUUCUUUAAAUGGCACCACAGCCAGAAGACUGUUAAAUUGACCUGUUACUCCUAUAUGUGUAAAGAGAUUCCCAGAAAGACCCUGGUUGCUAUGCUGAUGAGACCUAUAAUAAAAGUGGGCUACUGAAUCUAAGAAAACAUUAUACUACCCACUCGAGAGAAGGUGGCAGUAUGGUUUCUCUAAAGCCCAGGCAGGCUAAUUGGAAUUUUUUAUAGAGGUAAGUAUGCAUGUGAAUAAAGAGAAAGACUUGAUCUGGACUUUGAAAGACCCUAAUAAAGUCUGUACAGGUAGUUAUUUUAAAGUCACAAAGGGCUUAAAGGAAUUUACACUGUGUAUAAACAACUAUCUUAGCCAGCGUGGUGGGGUAUACUUGUAGUCCUAACUACUGAGGAGGCUGAGGCAGAAGGGAUCGUGUGUGGCCAUGAAUUUGAGGCUGCAGUGAGCUAUGACCGCACCUGUAAAUAGCCACUGCACUCCAGCCUGGGCAACAUAGCAAGACCCUAUCUCUAAGAAAAUUUUUUAAAAAGUCUUAAAAAAUAAAGUAGGGAUAAAGCACCUCUUUUAUAAUAUUGGUAGAGUCACCAAUAUGAAGUAAGGAAUUCAUGGUGAAACCUUGAGGUUUCCAGUGGCAUUGUUAUCCCAGGCUGUAACACACUAAAUCCCUGGAGAUGAACUGCAGGAAGACAUGGUGUGGCUCUUUGGUCAGAAAACCAAUAGCGCAUUUGAUACGGGGAGGGUAAGAAUGUGUUGAGAGUGAUGUGAAUGAUAUUUGCAGGGUGCUGAAUCUGAUCACAUGGAGGUGUUCCUAGUGUGGCCGUGGCCCUGCUGGCUCUGUGUGCCAAGUGUUGUCAGAAAGAGUGUGGUAGAAUGCUGUGUGGUGUUGUGGGGAAAAGAUCGAACUUAGACCCUGGAGACCUGAGUUGGAGAUGUGCUCCAUCAUUUUACUGGUUUACCGCUUGUGAGCCCCUUAACUUCUCCGAGGCUUUACUAUCCAUAAAGUGAGACAGCUAUACCUGCCUCAGCUCCUGAGUUCCUGUGGGGAUCACAGGAGAGGAUGAAAGUGAAAACUCUUGAUACAAUAACACAGUGUAGCUCUGCACAGUGUUUUCUUAUGGGAAACAAACUGAAAACAUCCUACCUGAAUAUAAAACUGAUGUCUCUGAUCCUGCAAUCACAGUUGUGUAGAGUUAUGGUCUUUGUUCUAUCCGUACUGGAGAGGGUUGGGAUAAGGGCCAGGGAAGAAUAAUUAAAAUAAUCAUGGUUGUAUUAGGCUAUUCUUAUCACUUGGGGCUGUUUGGUGAAUUUCUCAUCUGGAAAGAGUGCUGAGAAGCAGUUUAUGAUCAAGUCAUAAAAUCACGAAGAGUAAGGGCAGAACUAGAAGGUUGCCUGGUGAAAUUUGAAAAUCUCUAGCGUACCUAAACAGGACAGUGCUCCACAAUCAGUACUAAAUUUAUGAAAUUUAUUAUUCCCAAGUAGUAAUUAAGUUAAAAUUCAUAAUUACUAUAGCUUCAAAAAAGUUUUAGGUGCGCUCCUGGACCUUCAUCUGUUAGGACAAACUUAGACGUUGUGUGCUGUGCCUCUUCCCUUUCACAGGGGGCGCCAUCAUGCUGCACACUCCCACACCCCUCCUGGUGAGGGUCUGAGGCGGCAUGUUAGGCUAAAUGGCCAUGAAUCUGACCGUGUGUGGCGGUUUUUGAGAAUUCUUAGCUGGGUCAUGGUGUCACUGAGUGGCCUGUCUUUUCUGAGUUCCAGCUGUGUUAGGCGCCUCUAUAACAUGGAGCUAGACAGUCUGCCCAGGUUGGAACUUGUCAGCCUUACUCAAAACACAGCCUGUCUAAUGAAUCAAAUUUGCAUUUACAUCCUACCACAAACCACCUUCCAAUCAUACUUUGGAACCGUGUUCAAACCCUGCCAAGGUGGUUUUGUCUUUAGUUUAAAUUUGACUAACUUGUUAAUGACAAAAGUCUAUGCAAGUAGGGCUUUUGUUCUGACCACUUCCUAACUUGUUUAUGUGUAGAGUGAUUUUGUUACUCCUGUGAUUUGGUUUUCCGAGUUGUGUUAUUUCUACUACGUAAUUCUUCCGCCUUGGAAUAAGGAGAGUUUUAGGUAUGUAUUGUUUAUAUACACGGUGUGUAAAAUUUUUAACCUGAUGAGUCACUAUGAAACAGAUUCUAAGGGGCUGUUAUCAUUAGUCCAGAUUUAGUUUUUCAGAGAGAAUUGAAUUUAGUGUGCGUGAUUUAAUGAACUAAGAUUUACAGUAAAUUUAGAUGUUUUUAUAAUUUAUCACUUUUGUUUCAGUGGAAAUGAAUGUUAACAGAAGGCUAGCCAAAAUGUCUAUCUUUAAAAGAUGUUUAGGAAAAGGCAUAUAAAACAGAGCAGAAUUGUCCAGUGUUGGGUCAGUGAUCAAACAGUGUGAACUUAAAAACAAAACUAGAUUCAAACAUAGCUGGAAAGGAUUUUAGAGGUCAUAUAGUUCAAUCCCUUCUUUCUGGUUAAUCAUGAGAAAAAUGAGGUUCAAAGAGGUUAAAUGACUUGCCCAAAGCCAUGCAACUAGUUCCUGAUAGAGCUGAAACUUGAACAGCAGUUUCUUACUGAAACUUGCCACUUCCUAAUUAGUGGUUAAGGAGACACAUUUUUACUUGGGUGGUGGUUUUUUGUUUUGUUUUUAGGUUUUACAUUGAGGGGGGGAUUAAUAUUUAUUGAAUAUCUACUAGUUGUUAAGUACUUUAAAAAAUAUAUUAGCUGGGCGUGGUGGCACAUGCUUGUAGUUCCAGCUACUCAGGAAGCUGAGGCUGGAGGAUCCCUUGAGCCCAGGAAUUCGAGUCCAGCUUGGGCAACAUAACAAAACCCUGUCUCUAAAAAAUAGAUAUAUAUUUCUUCAUGUAAUUCUUACAUAGCCCUGUGAAAUACAGUCACGUGCCGUAUAACAGCAUUUUGGUCAGUGAGGGACCACACUGUUACAUGAUGGUAGUCCCAUAAGAUUAUAAUGCUGUAUUUUUACUUCACCUUUUCUAUGUUAGAUACAGAUGAUUCUUGUGUUACAGUUGCCUACAGUAUUCAGUACAGUUACAUACUGUACAGGUUUCUAGCCUAGGAGCAAGAGGCUACACCACUUAGACUAUGCCAUCUAAGUUUGUGUAAGUACACGCUGUGAGGUUCACACAGCAACAAAAUUGCCUAACGCUGCACAUUAACAGCCCCACUUUACAGAUUAGGAAACGGGUGCGAGAAGGUUAAUACCUUGCUCAAGGUCAUGUGGUUAAUAUUAAAGCUGGCAUUUGAGCCUUUCUGACCUGUCCUGCUAUGAUCCCCACUGUGGCUACUAGUGAUGGUAAUUCUGACCUUUUCAGGGGUAUGGGCAGUGGUGGUAGUUAUCUUUAAAAUAUAUCUUUUUCAGACUUCUCACUCUGUAAAAUAUGUAAUUAAACAUAGAUAUGUGUAGAGUGGCCUUUCUCAGAGGACCCGCAGCUCUUAGCAGUUGCUUGGCUAAUCUUCAUACCAUCUCUGUAAGAUAAACGGUGUUUUCUGGUUGGGUAGUUGAGGCCCAGAUAGGCUCAGGGACUCACCCAGCGCCUUAUCACAAACCCACACGGCCCAGCCCCCAGUUCCGUUCUUCGUCCUGUCUAGCAUAGAUUUCACCACUUUUGUUCUUUCCUGUCUUACACCAAGAUUGUUUAAGUACUUCCCAAAAAUAAUGAGCCACGUGUGGGUGUGUUCGUUCUCCAGAAUGAAUCACUGUGAAAGAGGUUGUGAACUAACGAAAUAAGCAUAAGUAUCUGGAAGCAGAGGCUCCUGACUAUUCAGUCCCUCUAAUUGGUGGGCUCUGGAGUGAGCGCUUUUCUGAAAGGCAACUGUGGGUUUGGGCUUGUGUCUCACUGUGCUCAGAAUAGUCCUCUCUUGAAGUUGUUACUUUUCCCUUCUUGCUUCCCAAAAUAGAACCAAUGUUGUUCUCUUUGCUGGACAUCACAGCACAAAUAUUGAGAGGUAUGCUUUCCAUAGAGAACCCCUUUUAAAGUGCCUGAAUGUCCCCACUGCCACAAAGGGGAACGGGAGUUAGCUUUCUUAAGAUUCCAGUGUGAGUAAAAGAGCUUUGGAUCAAGUAUUCUGUGAGUUUCAGAAGUAAAUGUAAAAGCAGAAAGAAUAAGAGAGGGAGCAAACAAAGGUAUUUGGAAGGGAAAAUGAAGCGAUUCCUUAGUCUUUUUUGUGUCUAAAUGGGUUAGAAUAAAAAUUCAGGAGAAAUUUACUUUUAAAAAUCCCUUUUAUGAUUUGGAUCCUAGUCUAAUAGGCACCUACUUUAAAUGUUCUGCCUUUAAGAAAUAACACUACCCAAACUCUGAAGCAAGAGGCUGCAUGUUUUGGAAUUUCUCCCAGAAGAAAGGGAUCUGAUGAAACGUGAAAAAAUACAACAGGCCAUAAGUGAAGAUCUGCACUGUCUACACUGUCUAUCCACCUGCCAGGGCUGCCUCCUUGGUUUCCUCGGGUGGGACUAGCAAGGAAUCGGCUCAUUUAUAGAAAGCCUAAGGAAGGAGGGGUUGGGCACUGAGAUAUUUAGAAUCUGUCUUUGGAUUUGAAAAGCCAAGAGAUGCCUUUCAGAAUAUUGGAGGAAGAGACGAAGAUAGACUUGUACAGCCUAAAUUGCUCUGCUGUGUGCGUGCACCAGCUGCCUCCAGGCCAACUACACGUGUGAGACAGAUGGGGCCUGCAUGGUUUCCAUUUUCAAUCUGGAUGGGAUGGAGCACCAUGUGCGCACCUGCAUCCCCAAAGUGGAGCUGGUCCCUGCCGGAAAGCCCUUCUACUGCCUGAGCUCGGAGGACCUGCGCAACACCCACUGCUGCUACACUGACUACUGCAACAGGAUCGACUUGAGGGUGCCCAGUGGUCAUCUCAAGGAGCCCGAGCACCCGUCCAUGUGGGGCCCGGUGGAGCUGGUAGGCAUCAUCGCCGGCCCGGUGUUCCUCCUGUUCCUCAUCAUCAUCAUUGUUUUCCUUGUCAUUAACUAUCAUCAGCGUGUCUAUCACAACCGCCAGAGACUGGACAUGGAAGAUCCCUCAUGUGAGAUGUGUCUCUCCAAAGACAAGACGCUCCAGGAUCUUGUCUACGAUCUCUCCACCUCAGGGUCUGGCUCAGGGUUACCCCUCUUUGUCCAGCGCACAGUGGCCCGAACCAUCGUUUUACAAGAGAUUAUUGGCAAGGGUCGGUUUGGGGAAGUAUGGCGGGGCCGCUGGAGGGGUGGUGAUGUGGCUGUGAAAAUAUUCUCUUCUCGUGAAGAACGGUCUUGGUUCAGGGAAGCAGAGAUAUACCAGACGGUCAUGCUGCGCCAUGAAAACAUCCUUGGAUUUAUUGCUGCUGACAAUAAAGAUAAUGGCACCUGGACACAGCUGUGGCUUGUUUCUGACUAUCAUGAGCACGGGUCCCUGUUUGAUUAUCUGAACCGGUACACAGUGACAAUUGAGGGGAUGAUUAAGCUGGCCUUGUCUGCUGCUAGUGGGCUGGCACACCUGCACAUGGAGAUCGUGGGCACCCAAGGGAAGCCUGGAAUUGCUCAUCGAGACUUAAAGUCAAAGAACAUUCUGGUGAAGAAAAAUGGCAUGUGUGCCAUAGCAGACCUGGGCCUGGCUGUCCGUCACGAUGCAGUCACUGACACCAUUGACAUUGCCCCGAAUCAGAGGGUGGGGACCAAACGAUACAUGGCCCCUGAAGUACUUGAUGAAACCAUUAAUAUGAAACACUUUGACUCCUUUAAAUGUGCUGAUAUUUAUGCCCUCGGGCUUGUAUAUUGGGAGAUUGCUCGAAGAUGCAAUUCUGGAGGAGUCCAUGAAGAAUAUCAGCUGCCAUAUUACGACUUAGUGCCCUCUGACCCUUCCAUUGAGGAAAUGCGAAAGGUGGUAUGUGAUCAGAAGCUGCGUCCCAACAUCCCCAACUGGUGGCAGAGUUAUGAGGCGCUGCGGGUGAUGGGGAAGAUGAUGCGAGAGUGUUGGUAUGCCAACGGCGCGGCCCGCCUGACGGCCCUGCGCAUCAAGAAGACCCUCUCCCAGCUCAGCGUGCAGGAAGACGUGAAGAUCUAACUGCUCCCUCUCUCCACACGGAGCUCCUGGCAGCGAGAACUACGCACAGCUGCCGCGUUGAGCGUACGAUGGAGGCCUACCUCUCGUUUCUGCCCAGCCCUCUGUGGCCAGGAGCCCUGGCCCGCAAGAGGGACAGAGCCCGGGAGAGACUCGCUCACUCCCAUGUUGGGUUUGAGACAGACACCUUUUCUAUUUACCUCCUAAUGGCAUGGAGACUCUGAGAGCGAAUUGUGUGGAGAACUCAGUGCCACACCUCGAACUGGUUGUAGUGGGAAGUCCCGCGAAACCCGGUGCAUCUGGCACGUGGCCAGGAGCCAUGACAGGGGUGCUUGGGAGGGGCCGGAGGAGCCGAGGUGUUGCCAGUGCUAAGCUGCGCUGAGGGUUUCCUUCAGGGACCAGCCCACAGCACACCAAGGUGGCCCGGAAGAACCAGAAGUGCAGCCCCUUUCACAGGCAGCUCUGAGCCGCGCUUUCCCCUCCUCCCUGGGAUGGACGCUGCCGGGAGACUGCCAGUGGAGACGGAAUCUGCCGCUUUGUCUGUCCAGCCGUGUGUGCAUGUGCCGAGGUGCGUCCCCCGUUGUGCCUGGUUCGUGCCAUGCCCUUACACGUGCGUGUGAGUGUGUGUGUGUGUCUGUAGGUGCGCACUUACCUGCUUGAGCUUUCUGUGCAUGUGCAGGUCGGGGGUGUGGUCGUCAUGCUGUCCGUGCGUGCUGGUGCCUCUUUUCAGUAGUGAGCAGCAUCUAGUUUCCCUGGUGCCCUUCCCUGGAGGUCUCUCCCUCCCCCAGAGCCCCUCAUGCCACAGUGGUACUCUGUGUCUGGCAGGCUACUCUGCCCACCCCAGCAUCAGCACAGCUCUCCUCCUCCAUCUCAGACUGUGGAACCAAAGCUGGCCCAGUUGUCCAUGACAAAAGAGGCUUUUGGGCCAAAAUGUGAGGGUGGCGGGUGGGAUGGGCAGGGAAGGAAUCCUGGUGGAAGUCUUGGGUGUUAGUGUCAGCCGUGGGAAAUGAGCCAGCCCAAGGGCAUCAUCCUCAGCAGCAUCGAGGAAGGGCCGAGGAAUGUGAAGCCAGAUCUCGGGACUCAGAUUGGAAUGUUACAUCUGUCUUUCAUCUCCCAGAUCCUGGAAACAGCAGUGUAUAUUUUUGGUGGUGGUGGGUUUGGGGUGGGGAAGGGAAGGGUGGGCAAGGAGUAGGGAGGGAGUCUGGGGUGGGAGGGAGGCAUCUGCAUGGGUCUUCUUUUACUGGACUGUCUGAUCAGGGUGGAGGGAAGGUGAGAGGUUUGCAUCCACUUCAGGAGCCCUACUGAAGGGAACAGCCUGAGCCGAACAUGUUAUUUAACCUGAGUAUAGUAUUUAACGAAGCCUAGAAGCACGGCUGUGGGUGGUGAUUUGGUCAGCAUAUCUUAGGUAUAUAAUAACUUUGAAGCCAUAACUUUUAACUGGAGUGGUUUGAUUUCUUUUUUUAAUUUUAUUGGGAGGGUUUGGAUUUUAACUUUUUUUAAUGUUGUUAAAUAUUAAGUUUUUGUAAAAGGAAAACCAUCUCUGUGAUUACCUCUCAAUCUAUUUGUUUUUAAAGAAAUCCCUAAAAAAAAAAAAUUAUCCAAUUGAAUGCACAUAGCUCAAUCACACUGGAAAUGUUUGUCCUUGCACCUGAGCCUGUUCCCACUUAGCAGUGAGAGUUCCUCUUUGCCCUGAGGCUCAGUCUCUCUUGUAUUUUGUCCCCACCCCCAAUUCCAUGAGUGGUUUUUGCUCUAGGGCCCUUUCUUGCACUGUCCAGCUGGUUGUACCCUCUCCAGGCAUUUAUUCAACAAAUGUGUGUGAAGUGCCUGCUGGGUGCCAGGUGCUGGGAAUACAUCUGUGGACAAGACAUGCUUGGGUCCUACUCCUCGAGCACUGUAAAAAGAGCUGAUUCAAGUAAGUAGAUGCCUGUUUUGAGACCAGAAGUUUUCAUCAUUGGUUCUACGACCCUUUUGAGCCUAGAAUUAUUGUUCUUAUAUAAGAUCACUGAAGAAAGAGGAACCCCCACAACCCCCUCCACAAAGAGACCAGGGGCGGGUGAUGAGACCUGGGGUUUAGAACCCCAGGUGAGACCUCAAAUCACUGCAUUCAUUCUGAGCCCCCUUCCUGUCCCCAGGGGAGGUGUAUUGUGUAUGCAGCCUUAGAGCAUCUCUGCCUCCAACCCAGCAGUUCUCUGCCAAAGCUUGUGGAGGAGGGAGAGCCCUGUCCCUGCCCUCAGGCUCCCCAGUGCUCCUGGCCCUUCUAUUUAUUUGACUGAUUAUUGCUUCUUUCCUUGCAUUAAAGGAGAUCUUCCCCUAACCUUUGGGCCAAUUUACUGGCCACUAAUUUCGUUUAAAUACCAUUGUGUCAUUGGGGGGGACCGUCUUUACCCCUGCUGACCUCCCACCUAUCCGCCCUGCAGCAGAACCUCGGCGGUUUAUAGGUAAUGAUGGAACUUAGACUCCUCUUCCCAGAGUCACAAGUAGCCUCUGGGAUCUGCCAACACACGUCCACUCCCAAGCCACUAGCCCACUCCCCAGUUGGCCCUUCUGCCCUUACCCACACACAGUCCAACUCUUCCACCUCUGGGGAAGAUGGAGCAGGUCUUUGGGAAGCUCCCACACCCACCCCUGCCACUCUUAACACUAAGUGAGAGUUGGGGAGAAACUGAAGCCGUGUUUUUGGCCCCCCGAGGCUAACCCUGAUCCAUAGUGCUACCUGCACCUCUGGAUUCUGGAUUCACAGACCAAGUCCAAGCCCGUUCUUACGUCGCCAUAAAGGCCCCCGAACGGCAUUCUCGGUACUUCUGUUUGUUUUUGUACAUUUUAUUAGAAAGGACUGUAAAAUAGCCACUUAGACACUUUACCUCUUCAGUAUGCAAAUGUAAAUAAAUUGUAAUAUAGGAAAUCUUUUGUUUUAAUAUAAGAAUGAGCCUGUCCAAUUUCUGCUGUACAUUAUUAAAAGUUUUAUUCACAGA